UGGAGCACCAGCGACCCAAAACAAUCAGGAUCUCUAGCACUUUCAGUCGCCGACACCGAUGCGACACAGAGCAGGACCAAAAAACAAGUAGAGACUCCCCAGGAUGCUGUAAAUGGGGACGAGGACCCAUGGGGAUAUCAGCAUCCGGCCAAGAAAAAGAGCAAAAAGAACGAUCCCGCAUCCAUAUCUGUCACUGCGCCGGCUCCAGCAGUAAAUGACGACAUCGCAGGCAAAGAGGUCACCAAAGAGACGAAUAACAAGAACGCAAGCGAUUCAUUAGUUGAGGAGGAAGAGAAGUCAGAUCCCAUGCCGCAGCCCAAGCCAGCGCCCAGGCAGGAAGCGGUGAAAAAGGAAGAUGAGGGCUGGUCAUUUUGGGGACUUGGAAAGAAUAAGAAGAAAGCCGAAGAGAGCGUUAAACCAGCUGAACAAAUACCGCCUCCACCGCCACCUCCUCCCGUUCCACCUUUACCAUCCGCAGAAGCAGCGCAACUCACCGAGAAUGUUUGGGCCGUAUCUGGAUCGAAGGAUAAGAAGAAGAAGAGAGAAAAAGGAGUGCAGCCUGACAUUGUAGCCGUACCGGAACCCGAGGCUAAACCUAGAUCUAAGGUUGUGCCACCACCAGCAGACGAUGCUUGGGGCUAUACUGCCAAGAAACCGUCCAAAGAGGAUAAGAAAGAGAAGGAGAGAGAGAAAGAGAGCAAAGACAACGACAAGAAGAAGACGACAAAGUCAGGCUUAGCCGACCAACCGCCACCCUCAUCAAAACUUCCUAUACCUAUUCCUGAUCAACACAAACGUACAAAUGGCAAUGAAACUUCAGAUGGACUCGACAAAACUGAUCAAGACGAGGGAAGCUGGAGCUUCUGGAGCUUCGCAGGCAAAAAGAAGGGCGAUUCAUUCACAGAAUCCGGCGUGGACGAAGGGUCUCACAAGGCGGAAACGCAAAGUCCCAAGUCUUCCGGACAGCAUAUCGACGACUUGGUGAGCAACGGGGAUAAGGACAAAAAGAAGAAGCUAUCAGCUUCUGAUCCGUCCAAAGGUGAUUCCAGAGCCCCAAAGUCCAAGAACGAAGACUUCUUGCAUUCUAAAAUGGACCAAAAGAAUGGGAGCACUGAUUUGGUUCGGCUAGGCGCCUCAGGCAAUCCGCCACAUGCAGAUGAUUCUAACGCUAUAGGGCUGGACACGACGGACGCAUUCGGUGGCAGUGUAGACUUCUUCGGUUCUUGGGGUAUUGGUAAGAGUGAUAAGAAGCGAGGCGAAUCGUCGUGGAAGCCCGAUGGCAUUGAAGAACCAACCGACCGCACUCCGAUCCAGGACAAGAAGAAGCAUAAUUUCAAAAGUCCGGUUGAAGUUGUGGGUGAGACUACUGGUGAGAUUGUCCAUCCCGACGACGUAGAGGAGGUCAGGGGCAGCAAGGUUGAGGAUGUCGAUAGCUUUGUUUGGACAAAGUCCGGCAGGGCGAAGUCGAAAUCCCAGAAGGAGGCCUUGGCUGAUCCACCUCCCCGUGCACCAACACCCCCUUCCAUGGACCUUACUGAAUCUGAAGUGGAAGCAGCAGAUCCCGAUGCGACCACGUCUUCUAGAUCGAAAGCGCCCAAGUUGACCGAGAAAGACCUCAAAAGGCUUGAACAAGAGAAGGAGAAGGCUAGACUUGAGGAGGAAGCACAAACCAAGGCAGAAGCCGCGCUUGAUACCAAAGACCAAGCGGAAAUAGCUAUGCUCACGGAAAAGAAAAAUAAGAGGGGUAGGUUGCUUAAAACGGACCAGACCAGACUCACUCUCCUGCAACAGAACGUCGCGAAACGGGCUGAGGAACGAGCUAAGCGAGAAGCCAAGGCAAGAGAGGCCGAGGAAAGAGCUGCCGAGGAGCAAGCAGCCAGAGAAGCUGAAGAGGCUGCUCGCAGAGAGGCGGAAGAGCAAGCGGCACGAGAGGCGGAAGAACGGGCUGCUCGCGAAGCAGAGGAACAAGCUGCCGCAAUCGCCGAUGAAGCAGAAAUUAAAGCCUUGGUUGCGAAGAAGACUAAAAAGGGCAAGCUAUCUAAGAGGGAUGAAGAAAAGCUUGCCCAGCUUCGAGAAGCUGCCGCAAAACGCUCCGAAAGACGCGCCGCUCGCGAAGAACAAGAGCAAGCUGCCAAGGAAGCCCAAGAGCAGGAAGUGGACGAGCCCCAAGUUGAGACUGUCGACGAAACGGAAGAAGCAGAAGCCGCAGAAGAUGAUCAGCAACGAGCCACACGCGAGGCCGAGGAGCAGGAGCGGGUUACUCGCGAAGCAGAAGAGCGAGCGGCUGCCAUUGUCAAGGAAGAAGAAGAGGAACUGGCCGCUCUGAUGGCAAAGAAGGAGAAAAAAGGUAAGCUUCUCAGGAAAGAAGAGGAGAGAUUUAUCACUCUUCGGGUAAGUGCCGCAAAGCGCGAGAGAGAACGAAAAGCACGGGAAGCAGAACAAGCAGCCCAAGAAGCCGAACGCAAAGCCCGAGAGGAGGAGCAAGCUGCUCGAGAAGCAGAGGAGAAAGCCGCUCGCGAGGCCCAGGAAGCAGCUCGCGAGGCAGAAGAACAAGCCGCUGCUCUUGCCGCAGAAGAAAAAGAACUAGCCGCGUUAAGAGAGAAGAAGGCCAAGAGAGGAGGUAGGCUCCUUCGAAAAGACGAAGACAGGCUUGAUGUACUCGAAAAAAAUGCUGCAAACCGGGCGGAAGAGCAAGCUGCUAAAGAAGCUGAAGAGGCAGCCCGUGAAGCUGAAAUACGGACCCGCGAAGCAGAGGAAAAGGCAGCUGCCCUUGCUCUUGCCGUUGCUGCGGAAGAGGAGGAGUUGGCCGCGCUAAAAGCAAAGAGAGUCAAAAGAGGAGGUAAGCUACUUAAAAAGGAGGAAGACAGGCUUAUUGAACUCCAAAGAAAUGCAGUAAGGCGGGCAAAAGAGAAAGCAGCUCAAGACGCAGAACGGGCUGCCCGUGAAGAGAAGGAACAAGCUGCUAAGGAGGCAGAGGAACAGGCCGCUCGAGAGGCUGAAGAAGCCGCUAAAGAAGCAGCAGAGCGGGCUGCCCAGGAGGAAAAGGAGGCAAAAGAAGCUGCUGCGAUUGCAGAAGAAGAGCGGGAAAUAGCCCAACUACUCGAUAAGAAGCAUAAUUCGUUCAUGGGCUUGUCGAGUAAACUAGAGCAAAGGUUGAGCCAACUUCAGGCUAAGGCGACGAAACGAGCCGAGGAGCAAGCUGCCCGUGAAACCGAGCGCCUUGCUCGCGAAGUUGAAGAACAAGCAGCUCGGGAAGCUGAGCAAGCAGCCAGAGAAGCCGAUGAGCGAGCAGCUCGAGAAGCAAGAAAGGCGGCCGCAAUUGCUAAAGAGGAGGAAGAACUUGCAUUACUCCUUGAGAAAAGGUCCAAAACCCUCCGAGGAAAACUCUCGCCCCAAAGUGAAGAAAGGAUAAGCGAGCUCCAAGCUAAGGCCGCUAAACGGGCUGAAGAAAAAGCUGCCCGGGAAGCGGAAGAAGAGGCUGUUCGGGAAGCUGAGCGACUAGCUAAAGAAGCUGAUGAGCGCGCCGCUCAAGAAGCAAAGCAAGCUGCUAUGAUUGUUGAAGAAGAGAAGGCGCUUGCUUUGUUACUUGACAAGAAGGCCAAGUCAACACUGUCAGCAAAAGGGGAAGAAAGGCUGAAAGUGCUUCAAGCUAGAGCUGCCAAGCGGGCUGAAGAACAGGCUGCCCGAGAAGCUGAGGAACAAGCUGCUUUAGAGGCUGAACGGCUAGCUAAGGAAGCUGCUGCGAUUGCUAAGGAGGAAGAAGAACUUACGUACCUCCUCGAGAAGAAGUCUAAAACAGCCAGAGGAAGGCUUUCGCCUCAAUACGAAGAGAGGCUAAGCGAACUCCAAGCCAGCGCCGCUAAGAGGGCUGAAGAAAAAGCUGCCCGAGAAGCUGAGGAGCAAGCUGCUCUGGAGGCUGAACGACUGGCUAAAGAAGCUGAAGAACAGGCUGCUGAAGAGGCUAGGAAAGCUGCUGAUGAAGCUGAGAAGGCCGCCGCUAUCCUGAAGGAGGAAAAGGAGCUAGCUUCCCUCGUCGAGAAGAGGGCUAAAUCAUCAAAAGGAAGGCUGACGUCUUCGUUGGAGGCAAGACUAAGUGAGCUCAAAGCUAAUGCCUCGAGGCGCGCUGAAGAGAAGGCAGCCCGAGAAGCCGAAGAACAGGCUGCUAGAGAAGCUGAACAAGCAGCUAAGGAAGCUGAGGAGCGUGCCGCCAAAGAAGCUGAAGAGGCUGCCGCAAUCGCCAAAGAAGAGAAAGAAAUUGCCCUCCUGCUUGAAAAGCAAUCUUCUCCCAGAGGCCUAUCGGCUAAAGCAGAGCAGAAGUUGAAUGAGCUACAAGCUAAGGCAGCAAAGCGUGCUGAAGAGAAGGCCGCUCGGGAAGCUGAAGAACAGGCUACAAUAGAAGCCGAGCGAGCAGCUAGAGAGGCAGAUGAAAAAGCUGCUGCAAUUGCUAAAGAAGAGGAAGAAUUGGCCCUUUUACUUGAAGAGAAAACUGCAUUUAAAAGCCUAUCAACCAAAGACGAGCAGCGAUUAAAUAAGCUACAGGCCAGAGCGGCAAAAAGAGCUGAAGAGAAAGCCGCUAAAGAGGCUGAAGAGCAGGCUGCUUUAGAAGCUGAACGACUAGCUAGAGAAGCAGAGGAAAAGGCUGCUGAAAUCGCCAUGGAGGAGGAAGAAAUUGCUCAGUUGCUUGGAAAACAGUCUUCAUUCAGAGGCCUAUCAAGCAGAGGAGAACAGCGGUUAAAUGAGCUACAAGCUAAAGCCGCUCAGCGGGCUGAAGAAAAGGCCGCUCGGGAAGCUGAGGAACAGGCUGCUCUAGAGGCUGAACGACUGGCUAGAGAAGCAGAGGAAAAGGCAGCUGCAAUCGCUAAGGAAGAGGAAGAAAUUGCUCAGCUACUUGCAAAGAAAAAAACCAAGGGCCUGACAAGCAAAGGAGAGCUGCGACUAAGUGAACUGCAAGCAAGGUCGACAAAGAGAGCUGAAGAGAAAGCUGCCCAAGAGGCUGAGGAGCAGGCAGCCUUAGAAGCUGAACGACUAGCCAGGGAAGCAGAAGAAAAGGCUGCCGCAAUCGCCAAGGAAGAAGAAGACAUUGCUCAGUUACUCGCCAAAAAGAAAAUCAAGGGUCUGACGAGUAAAGGUGAACAACGGUUAAGUGAGCUGCAGGCUAGAGCUGCAAAGAGAGCUGAAGAGCAGGCCGCUCGGGAAGCUGAGGAACAAGCUGCACUGGAAGCUGAGCGAAUAGCUAGAGAGGAAGAGGAAAAAGCUGCUGCAAUCGCCAAGGAAGAGGAAGAGAUUGCUCAGCUGCUUGCAAAGAAGAAAGCCAAGAGCCUGACCAGCAAAGGACAACAGCGGCUAAGUGAGCUGCAAGCCAGAGCUGAAGAGAGAGCUGAGGAGCAGGCCGCUCGGGAGGCUGAAGAGCAAGCUGCAUUAGAGGCUGAACGAGUAGCUCGAGAAGCAGAAGAAAAGGCGGCUCGAGAAGCAAAAGAAGCUGCUACUAUCGCUAAAGAAGAGGAAGAAAUCGCUGAGUUACUCGAAAAAAAGAAGACCAGGACAUUCAGGGGCCUGUCAAGUAAAGAAGAGCAGCGGCUAAGUGAGCUGCAAGCUAGAUCGGCAAAGCGAGCUGAGAAGAAGGCCGCUCGGGAAGCUGAAGAGCAGGCUGCUCUGGAAGCUGAACGUCUGGCUAAAGAAGAGGAAGAACGAGCUGCUCAAGAGGCCGCAGAGGCUGAGGCAAUUGCUAAGGAGGAGGAAGAACUGGCGCAGCUCCUUGAUAAGAAGGCCCACUCGUUCAUGGGUCUCUCAUACAAGGCCGAGAAGAGGCUGAAUGAGCUUCAGGCCAAUGCCGAUGAGAGAGCGGCUCGCGAGGUCGAAAAGCAGGCUGCUCUAGAGGCGGAGCAAGCUGCUCUAGAAGCGGCCGCCGAAGCAGCUGCAAUCGCCGAAGAGGAGAAAGAAAUGGCUGACUUGCGACACAAGAGAGAAAAGAAGGGCAAACUAUCUAAGAAGGAUAGCGAACGACUGAGCCAUCUUAAAGAGAAGGCAGCCAAGAGAAAGGAGGAGCAAGCUGCGCGCGAAGCUGAGCUGGCCGCUGCUAAUGCUGAGCAAAACGAAGACGACGAAGACGAAGACGAAGACGGCGACGACGACGACGAUAGGGAUGUUUUCCAAACAGGUGACGAUGCUAACGACGAUGAUGAUAACGACGAUAUCGACGCCGAUGACGACGAAGAAGAAGAAGCCAUCCGAGCGGCAGAAGCAGAGGCAGCGGCCCGUGAGGAAGAGGAGAGAGCUGCCCGAGAGGCUAAAGAGGAAGCUGCGCGGGAAGCUGAAGAGGCCGCCAAGAAGUUGAAGAAGAGCUCCAAGAAGGACAAGAAGGAGAAGGAGGAUAAGAAAGAUAAGAGAGAUAAGAAGGACAAGAAGGACAAGAAGUCCCGAGAUCUUCCAUCCGAGGCAGAAGCAGAGAGAGAUGUUGGAUCCUCUCAGCCAGAGUCAGGGGCGAAACCGGAUCCUGACUUUGACAUGAGCCCUGCUGAGAUCGAAGCGCUGCUUGCGCCCAAGGAGACGGGCGCAGCGGGUGCGUUCAGCUUCUGGGGUCUCGGUGGUAGGAAGUCGAAACCGAAAGGUAUGUUGGGUUCCCCCCAUUUCUGAAGAAGGAUUGCUAAUUGAGAUCACCAACUCUAGAGGAGCCGGAGCCGGAACCGGAGCCAGAGGCUAAGUCAAGUGACGACCGAUCGCAGAAAUCCUCAGAACGAUCAAGAUCCCUAGGCGGUAGAAUUGCUAAUGGCCUCAAGGCAUUCGAACAAACACCUGAAGAAGUAGCCGAU